CAAAAAUCAACAUGUCUAGCAAAAAGGCAAAGACGAAGACCACCAAAAAGCGCCCUCAGCGUGCCACUUCCAAUGUAUUUGCUAUGUUUGAUCAGUCGCAAAUUCAAGAAUUCAAGGAGGCCUUCAACAUGAUCGACCAGAACAGGGACGGCUUCAUCGACAAAGAGGACUUGCACGAUAUGCUCGCCUCCCUUGGAAAGAAUCCAACGGAUGAAUACCUGGAUGCCAUGAUGAAUGAAGCUCCAGGCCCCAUAAACUUCACAAUGUUCCUCACAAUGUUUGGUGAGAAGUUAAAUGGCACCGAUCCAGAAGAUGUAAUCAGGAAUGCUUUUGCUUGCUUUGAUGAAGAAGCAACAGGGUUCAUUCAGGAGGACUACCUGCGAGAGCUGCUGACGACAAUGGGAGACAGGUUCACAGACGAAGAGGUAGAUGAGCUGUACAGAGAGGCACCCAUCGACAAAAAGGGGAAUUUCAAUUACAUUGAAUUCACGCGCAUCCUGAAACAUGGAGCAAAAGACAAGGAUGACUAAGCGAACCUCCUGAUACCUGCAGAUGGCUUUUUUUCCACCCCCCCAGUAAUUUUAUUUCUCAGGAUCUGUUUAUUCUUUUUUUCUGGUUGGGACCUUUUGCGUACAUUUUUAACAUUCCAGCUUUUUCACCUGUGGACUCUGGGGCUGCUCAGGCACACCUGCGCCUGUGUAAUAAGACUGGAAAUGGGCAGGGAGAGAGGACAGCUUACAGUGACAGAGGUUUAGGGACAAAGAUCGGUGAGUGUGGAGGCCCAGGUAAAAAUGUGAGUGCUACUCAUCCUAGCUAGAUUUUUACAUUUUUAAUGGGAAUUUUCAAAUAAAACUCUGCUAUAUUAAGUACAUCAUUAAAAUUUUCAUGCUAGAAGUGAACUGAACUAUCUAAUCAUAUCUGUAAAUAUUUUUGCAACUGUAUGCAGUUGUGUUGUUACCUAUUUUUGCCUUAAAAAUGAAGCAUAAGUCACUUGAGCAUACUGAUUUUUGUACUUCAGCAACUGAGCACUUCACUUACUACAGUGAGCAUGUACAAUUAAGAAGCCCCCAUCCUUCAAAUUUUAGUGCAUUGUAAAUUAAUGAUUUCUGUCCUAGACUUGCACAUUAAAAAUUUUAAAUCUUA